CUUCCACUAUCUUCUACGCUUCUCCAUUUUUGGUUUUCAUUUAAUUCCCAAGUAAAAACCAAACCAAACAAACAUGAACACCAAAACCCCAGAAACCCUCUCCUUUUUCCGAAACGUUUCUCCGUUACAACCCCAAACGUUUCAAACUAUUAUAUCCGAAACACCGUUUUUCCAGUUCCACGGUUCUUACUGGGAAACAACUCACUUAACCAUUUCGGGUCAACCCGAACCAUUAACCCAAACUGUUCAAAACAAGCAGCUUCCUUCUCCUUCUCCUCCGCCGUCUCCGUUGCAUCGUUCUCUCGACGGAAUCGCCGCGGUGGUCGGAGAAUACGUACUUUACGGCAAGAAAACCAUCGAAGAAAAAGAAUCAGCAGAGCCCAAAACUGUCGAAUCAACGAGUUUCGUUUCCGAUUCGGUGAAGAAGAGUAACGUUAAGAGCUACAGAGGAGUGAGGAAGAGGCCGUGGGGAAGGUGGUCGGCGGAGAUCAGGGACAGAAUCGGGCGGUGCCGGCACUGGCUGGGUACGUUCGACACGGCUGAAGAUGCGGCGCGUGCUUACGACGCGGCUGCUAGGCGUCUGAGAGGUUCAAAGGCAAGGACUAACUUUGAAAUACCAUCAGUUUUUCCACUAAUGAUGAUGACGUCAUCACCCAAAACGACGUCGUCUGGGUCAACUUCGUCUUCUUCAACUUCGGCUUAUAAUAAUAAAAGGCGAAACAAAGCGAAGGGAAUUAGUAAGAAUAAUAAUAAUAAAAAUAAUCGACGUAAUAAGUGUUCGGUGGUGACGUCACCAGCUCAGUUGUUUAGUAACAUAAGUAAUAUAGCUCCAAUGGUUUACAAUAAUAAUAGUAUUAGAACUUGAUUAAAAUUAGUUAUAACUAAUUAACACGACUAAUUAAUUAUAUUAGGGUUUUGUUUUGUUUUGUUUAUCUUAUAUUUUCCCAGUUUCAACUCCUUUGGUUGAUUUAGCUAGGUAGCUAUAGAUAUGAUAUAUUAUAUAUUAAUAUUAUGUUUACGUAUAUGCAUGAAAUGAAUAGUAAUCAUCAAUUAUGGACUGUUCAACAAUGAAUGUAAUUUAUUUAUUAGGGGGGAGUACCAUGCUUUUGUAAUGUUGAGAUUACUAUUCAUCUCUGUAAUAUAUGAUCAUAUAUAUAUAUAAUAUUAUAUAAGUAAAUUGGGCAAAAAA